GAGGCCAAAACUUCAGGUUCUUGACAUGAGAAAUGUGCACCAUACCUUCUGGAAAAUAUGGAGCGAUGAAAAGGACAGUGACUGUAAUGCAGAUAGCUUGGAUGAAAAGCAAGAAGUGAAGGUCCCCCGCAGAUAUGCACUGAGGCAGCGCCUGAAGAUCACAAUUGACCUGGCAAUCAGUUCCCAGCUCAAUGAAUCAAACGCAUAUUUCCUGAAUUGGGCCAAGCAGAGAAAGGGGUCCGUAAAUUUCUGCUGUACAAAGAUGAAGAUCUGGGAUGCACCAGACCAAGUUAUCAGAGCAAUCUUCGAAGUUUUUGAUCCAGAGCACAUCACAGAAUUAGAACUGUAUACCGACUGGACUCUGUUAAGGCUGGCACAUUUUGCUCCCUACUUUGGGAAGAUGAAAAAUCUUAAAAAAUUCUUCCUGGCACCACUCCACAAGAACACCUCCCCUAUUAUGAAUAUAACACGGGCCUCAGAAGUCAAGUGUAUCAAAAAGAUUAUAUCUCAGUUUUCCAAAAUCAACUGUCUCCAGCACUUCUUCAUGAAACGCGUCCGUUUUCUCAGAGACCACCUCAAUCAGGUCCUAGGGUGCCUGAGGACGCCCUUGGAGACCCUCUCCAUCACUCACUGCCUAAUUUCACAAACAGACUUGAAUUCCAUUUCCUGCUGUCGCAACCUUUUUAAGUUAAAACAUCUGGAAAUUAGAGUAGUGAUGUUAUAUGCUUUCGAUAUUACACCUCUGAGAGGUCUCCUAGGAAAAGUUGCAGGCACUCUUGAGUCUCUGGACUUUCAGUGGUGUACCAUGAAGGACUAUCAGCUCAAUGUCCUCCUACCUGCCCUCAGUCAAUGCUCUCAGCUCAAACAGAUCAACUUCUACAGCAAUGACUUCUCCAUGGCCAUCCUGAAGGACCUUUUACAGCACACUGCCAACUGGAGCAAGAUGAAUGUGGAACAAUACCCUGCCCCUCUGGAGUGCUAUGAUGAGUUGGGUCAAGUCUCCCGAGAAAGAUUUGUCCAACUUUGUCAUGAGCUCAUGGAUACACUGAGGGCAAUAAGGCAGCCCAGGAGCAUCUCUUUUUCUACAAAUGUCUGCCUCAAUUGUGGUAAGACCUGUGUCUAUGGCCAGGGUGUAAGACUUUGUUCCUGUUUGCAGUAAACAUGCAUACAGGAUUUCUGGAUGUGAAUAAAUGACAUUUUUGG